CCUAUCUUCUUCUUCUUCCUUCUAUUCCACUCCUCAAACUCCCCAGAAUUCUCCUCUUUAAUCUCACCUCCGAUGGCACAGACUCUCCAUCCCACCACCACCCCCUCCUCCUCCGUCCCGCAAACCCUAAUCCUCCCCGAAUCGGAACCGGAAUCCAACAACUCCUCCUCCGCCGCCGCCGCCACCGCCUACUCGAUGUCCGCCGCCUUCGACGAACCUCAAAACCCUACCCCUAACCCCAGCCCCGUCCCGACCCGAGUCCCCGCCCUCCUCCACCUCUCCUUCAACCAAGACUACGGCUGUUUCGCCAUCGGCACCGACUCCGGCUUCCGCCUCUACAACUGCGACAUCUUCCGCCGCGACUUCGGCGCCGCACGCGGCGGGAUCGGCUUCGUCCAGAUGCUCUUCCGUUGCAACAUCCUCGCCCUCGUCGGCGGCGGCCCCGAUCCCCAGUACCCCGUCAACAAGGUCAUGAUCUGGGACGAUCACCAGUCCCGCUGUAUCGGCGAGCUCUCCUUCCGCUCCGAGGUCAAGGGCGUCCGCCUCCGGAGGGACCGGAUCGUCGUCGUCCUCGUGCAGAAGAUCUUCGUCUACAACUUCGCCGACCUCAAGCUUCUCCACCAGAUUGAGACCAUCGCCAACCCUAAGGGCCUCUGCGAGGUCUCCCAUGUCUCCAGCCCCGUCGUCCUCGUCUGCCCUGGCCUCCAGAAAGGUCAGGUCAGGGUCGAGCACUACGGCUCCAAGAGGACCAAAUUCAUUAUGGCUCAUGAUUCCAGAAUCGCCGCUUUCUCGCUCACGCAGGAUGGCAGAUUGCUUGCCACGGCUAGUAGUAAGGGGACUUUGGUUAGGAUUUUCAAUACCUUGGAUGGUUCUUUGCUCCAAGAGUUAAGGAGAGGUGCAGAUCGAGCAGAGAUAUACAGUCUUGCUUUCUCUUCAAAUGCACAAUGGUUAGCCGUCUCAAGUGACAAGGGAACUGUCCAUGUUUUCACUCUGAAGGUUGAUUCUGGACUCUUAGCAAAUGAUAUGUCACGUAACUCGCCCAAAUCCAAUCUUGCUAAUCCAUCAGCCAUUCCGUCUCUUUCCUUCAUGAAAGGGGUGCUGCCAAAAUAUUUCAGCUCAGAGUGGUCAGUGGCCCAAUUUCAUCUGCAAGAAGGCUUGCAGCACAUAGUUGCCUUUGGCCACCAGAAGAACGUAGUUGUGAUUCUUGGUAUGGAUGGAAGUUUCUAUCGAUGUGAAUUCAACCCGGCGAAUGGUGGAGAGAUGACUCAGCUUGAAUAUUAUAAUUUCCUGAAACCAGAACAAACUUUCUAAAUUGUGGUAAAUACAAGAUAUCUGUAUUUGGUGGUGAUUCCUGUUAAUAUUUAUGUUUCUUUAUUAUCUCUUUAAUUUCUUUUAGGGAACUGAUUUACAGUGUAAAUAUACGAGAAAAGUUGAAUGGAUAACGAUCUUUCAAUCACUAUGCGAGCUGUAUGUAAAUUGCAUGUACAUAGGGAACGCGAUAAGCAAUAUAACAUCGCAAAUUUCUGUGCAUGUGCAUAUUGAAUAUUAGAAGAACAAGAAAUUCCAGAUAUUUGGUUUGCUCGUUUGCCCCU